AUGGCAUCCUCAUUAGAUACUCUUGCUUCAUAUUUAAAGCCAAACGAGCUUCAAAAUUUACAUAAGGAAUUCAGUGGUUUAGAUGUGGAAACAUUCACUUUACUAACGAGAAAAGGAGUAUUUCCAUAUGACUAUAUAGACUGUGAGGAGAAAUUAAACGAAACAGAACUACCAGGCAUUGAUAAGUUUUAUAACAAAUUAAACGAUAGUAACAUAUCCAGUGAUGAUUAUGAACAUGCUAAAAUGGUAUGGGCUAAAUUUAAUAUAACAACUUUAGGCGAAUAUUCAGAUUUAUAUUUAAAAACUGACAUUAUGUUGUUGGCUGAUGUCUUUGAAAAUUUUAGGCAAAAAUGUUUGAAUAUUUAUCAACUGGACCCAGGUCAUUACUACACUUUGCCAGGUUAUACUUGGGAUUGCAUGUUAAAAUAUACCAAAAUUGCGCUAGAUUACUUAAAGGAUGUAGAUAUGUUGUUGUUUAUGGAUAGGGCCAUCAGAGGAGGCGUUAGCCAAUGCUGUAACCGCUAUGCUGAAGCAAACAAUAAGUUUAUGUCUUCUUAUAACUACUUAAAGCAAUCAAAGUAUUUAAUGUACUUUGACGUAAAUAACCUUUACGGUUGGGCUAUGUCCCAGUACUUGCCAUAUGGUGGGUUCGAGUGGGCUGAUACAAAUAUCGACGUCACCAGCGUAUCUGAUACUUCUCCUGAAGGGUACGUCCUCGAAGUAGAUUUGGAAUACCCUGAACAUCUUCACGACUACCACAAAGAUUUGCCUCUAUGUCCUGAGCACCUCACGCCCCCGGGAUCAAAAUUACCGAAACUUAUGACAACCUUACAUUCAAAAACGCGUUAUAUAAUUCACUAUAGAAAUUUAAAACAGGCCCUCAACUUGGGAGUUAAAUUAGUCAAAAUUCACCGUGUAUUGAAAUUUAAGCAGGCCGACUGGCUGAGGGCCUACAUCGAGUUAAACACUAAACUUCGCGCCCAAUCAACCAAUGAUUUUGAGAAGAACUUGUAUAAACUGUUAAUAAAUGCUAUUUUUGGUAAGACUAUGGAGAAUAUCCGCAAGCAUCGCAACAUCAAGUUAAAAAAUCAUUGGGAUGGUCACUGGGGCGCCAAACACUAUAUCGCUAGUCCAAAUUUUCAUAGCAGCAAAAUUUUCGGCCCAGACCUAGUGGCUAUUGAACUUAGCAAAUCGGAAAUUUGCUUUAAUAAGCCCUUGUAUGUUGGCAUGUGUAUACUAGACAUUUCAAAAACUUGUGUGUACGACUUCCACUACAAUUUCAUGUUGGAAAAAUUAGGUGACGAUUGUAAAUUGCUAUAUACCGAUACUGAUAGCUUAAUUUAUGAAAUAACUUGUGAUAACGUUUACGAUCUUUUGAAGCAAAAUUUAGAAAAAUUUGAUACUUCAGAUUACGAUCCUAAUAAUAAAUAUAAUUUACCGUUAGUUAACAAAAAAGUGCCUGGUUUAAUGAAAGAUGAAAAUAAUGGUUCUAUAAUGACCCAUUUUGUAGGACUCCGUUCCAAAUGUACAGUAUCUUGGUAG